ACCCUGCAACAAAAGAGUCUCCGAACCGAGUCCAUUUCCUAGGGUUCCGGCCUUUGACCUUUCGUCUCCUUCCAUGAACUGUUGCCUCUCUCUCCUCCGUCUCCACCGCCGUUUCCUUUCCUCUGCCGCCGACUCAUUUUCCAGGUUUCCUCGCCAUCCGGACUCCUUUAGACGGAUUCCUGCCUAUCCCGCUUCCCCGCCCCCGCCCCCGCCGGUGAAUCCCUCCCUUCUACCUAGCCAUCGCAGCCGCAAUCAGUGGGAAUCUCUCUCCACGGUCUCCGACGACCCUUCCUCCCUCCUACGUGAUGAUCCCAUCUCCAUCUGCUCCGCCCUCUGGGUCGACAGCUUCCGCGACCCCUCCGCCACUGCUACCAGCCUCACCCCUAUCCUACGCCGCUUUGAGCUCUGGGUUCUCGCCUACCAAAAGGCCUAUGCUGACGAUACCGGUUCGUACCUUCCCAAAUCUUCGGUCUCUAGCUCCGCCCUCCAUUCUCUUCUCGCCCUCCGCAAUGCCGUCCUCGACGGCCGCUUCCGCUGGGGUGCCCGCCUUGAUCUCCUUCUCCGUUCGCCCCGGGACACCACUGAUCCAACCACCUUAUCCAAGCGCAAGCUCCGUAUACUCCUCACCUCUACGCAGCCUACGCCUUUCCAGGACCGUGUUGUCCAGGAAGUCCUUCUCAUGAUCCUUGAGCCUAUCUAUGAAGCUCGAUUCUCCCAGAAAUCUUUUGCCUUUCGCCCUGGACGGGAUGCUCACACUGCUAUCCGGACGAUCAGAAGAAGCUUUGCCGGUUAUCUAUGGUACAUCAAAGGUGACGUCAGCACCAUUCUUGAUGGAGUGAAGCCUGGAUUGAUCAUCAAUGCGUUGAUCCGGGAUGUUAGGGAUAAAAAAGUCGUGGAUUUGAUUAAAUCAGCCCUAACAGCCCCAGUGAUAAUUGGUCGCCCCACCGAUGAGGAGAUUGCUAAGAAGAAGAAAAAAAGUAGGAAGCAUCAGAAAAAGAGGGUAUUGGCCGAGGACGAGCCCAAGCCUGAUCCGUACUGGCUAGAAAGUUUCUUUGGUUUUGCUCCGGUGGAGGCUGAAAAGAAUCCAAAUUGGGGGCAUUGUGGAGUCUUAAGCUCAUUACUUGCCAAUGUGUAUCUAGAUGAGCUUGACAGAUGGAUGGAGGAGAAGAUUAAGGAGUUCUACCAACCCUCAAAGUCUGAUGUUAUAUGGACUGGGGAUGAUGCUGAGCACGGGAACACAUCAUGGCCAGAGUUUGUUCCCACUAGCGGGCCUGACAAGACCAGAAAAAUGGACUAUAUUCGCUAUGCUGGUCAUUUUUUGGUUGGAGUUAGGGGUCCUCGAGCAGAUGCUGCAGUGCUAAGGAAACAGCUAAUUGAGUUUUGUGAUCAGAGAUACCAGCUCAAGCUUGAUAACGAGAAUCUCCCGAUUGAGCACAUCACCAAGGGUAUUAUGUUUAUGGAUCAUGUACUCUGCAGGCGAGUAGUAUAUCCUACACUUAGGUACACAGCAACUGGGGGGAAGAUCAUCAGUGAAAAAGGUGUAGGAACACUUCUGUCAGUCACAGCAAGUUUGAGACAAUGCGUCAGACAGUUCAGGAAGCUGAACUUCUUAAAAGGAGACAGGGAUCCUGAUCCGCAACCUUGUUUCAAAAUGUUUCAUGCAACACAAGCACACACAAAUGCACAGAUGAAUAAAUUCUUGCAAACUAUGGCGGAGUGGUAUCGUUAUGCAGAUAACCGCAAGAAGGUUGUGAACUUUUGUUCCUAUAUCAUAAGGGGUUCAUUAGCCAAGCUCUAUGCUGCUAAGUACAAACUGCGGUCUAGAGCGAAGGUCUACAAGAUUGCAUCAAGGAAUCUAGCCCGCCCUUUGAAGGAUAAGAAGGGUCAGUCCCCUGAGUAUCUGAACCUGUUGAGAAUGGGUCUCCUGGAUUCAAUUGAUGGUCUUCAGUACACUCGGAUGUCUUUGGUUCCCGACGCAGAUUAUACCCCAUUUCCUGCUGGGUGGAGGCCAGAGCAUGAGAAGGUUUUGCUGGAAUACAUUAGGCUUCUGGAUCCCAAGACUCUAGAGGAUCAACGAUCUUGCCUUAGGGAGGAGGGGCUUUCUACGCCUCAAGAUUUUGUUUCUCUGCUGGUCUGGAACUAUAAAAGGAAUGCUAUUAUGUUGCCUCCCUUGGGGGAGAGUGAUACCCAGAGAGCUAAAGAAGAAUUGCUGGGAUCUACUUGUACUGAAAUGAAGGAUCAGACGGUUUUUGAGGAAGAGAGACAAGAAUCUCUUCAGGCAGCACAAAUUUGAUAAGUAAGAAAUCAUAGAUGAAGGUAACUUGGUUAUUGGCUGAGAGAGCAAAAUGUGAAUCUCGCAUCACAUAAAAACGGACAAAUAACAGGCCACCAUGAAAGCUGCUUCACAUUUUGAAGUGAGUAACACAUAUCAAGUGGAAGUAAUUUGGAACCAGUUCUCUGUAUAAUCAGAUUAUGCUGUAUAUUUGGGGUCCUUUACGAAUACAUUUUAGAAGGUUGAUAAAAAAAAAGCAGAUACCUUAUGCCAGUUGCUUGGGAAAAACCAUGUGAAAAUUAGAAGAUAGUUGCAUAUGGGAUCUUAACCUUGCUUCCAACAUCCUAGUUUGAGUUUGACUUUAUACACCCAAAUGGGUCUUUCUAUUAAAUGCAUGCUCAGAAAAAAAAAAGUUUGGCCAAAAGGUGUGUGGUUCAAUUAGUGAUGUUCUGUGCUGUCAUUUCACAUUUGGACUCCAAAUUAUGUAAGUUCGAUUAAUUUAUUCAUCAUUGAUUGGCAAGAACAUAAACAAGUAUCAUUGCUUUGUAUGAUAGUUUAGUUAGUUGACUUUGAUGUUAUAUAUAGAUGGCAUUUACCCACUAUACGGAAAUAUACUCAAAUCUCCAAUUCUUUCUAGCAACAUAGAUAUUUAUAUCUAUGGUUUUUGUUUUUAACUUUUCAAAAAAAUCCUGACUUGUAUGGAUGAAAUGAUAGAGGUUAACUUAAUCAUUAGAGCCACAUUGAUAUUGCCGUGGAAACAAAGGAUUCAUGAUUUUUGUAGUUAGUUUAUUGAAAGCAAAAUUUGCUUGGUGCCAUUGCUCCAAUAACGGCUACUGGAAGUUUGGAAUUUCUACUAAGCAUCACGUGAAAUUUAAAUCAGGAAAGUUGAACUAUGUUUAAUCAUGUUAGGCACACGAUUACAAUAAGUAGUAAGAUGGAGUGUACAUUAGUGAAUAAACUUUGUUCAAAAUAAUGUUGUGGAAGAUGUCUAUCUAAUAUCUAUUGGUGAAAGUUGUGGUGAAGAAUGCCUUAUGUAAUGCAUGGAAUUCGAGGGAAUUUCUCAAGAGCAAACGUUGAAGAGUUCCCAUAUGAAACACCCUUUUUUUUUCCGGCAUUGUGCUGCUCCAUUCACUUCCCCACUCAUCAUCACAUUAAGUCGUGUUAGUCCAAAAUAUUCAUUGUCAGCUUUAUGAAUCUUAUCCUUCUCUUUGAACUCUACAAUUAAUAUUCACUCUAAAAUCUUUUUUAUCCUCUUCCUAUACCUGUCACUCAUUCAACUUAAUUCAAUCUAACUUUUCUAAGUAAAGAAAAAAAAUUGUAAACGUUGAUAUUGUCUUAAUUCUUUUUUCUCAUUUAAUUUAUUAGAGCUGCACAUAAUUUCCCUCGUGUCAAUCUUUUUUUUUGUCUUAGUAAUAUUACACAUCCAUCUAAGUGUUCUAGCUUUGCUAAUUUUAUAUCUAUAUCUAUAUCUAUAUCUAUAUCUUACAGUUCUCACCUUGUGAGCACAACAAAUCUUAGAUAUUGAAGGCUAUUACAUUUAUCUCUGUCCAUUUUCACUAUUCUCUGACCCUUUUUUUUAUUAUUGAAACUACAUUUUGUAUGUCCAGGUUUAAUUAUGCUUAACAUAAAUCUUUAGUUGCUAAAUUUUUUCUAAGAAAUUAGUUUCGAAUUUAAUCUAUUGCACUUUUUUCCAUUAGCACAAUAUCAUUAACAAAUAAGAUAAAUAAAGGAUUGAUUCAAUGCACCACUUACAUACUGAAUAUUAUUGGUUCUGUCAUUCUAUAAGGUAAGAGGCAUUUAGGUAACUGAUUUUUUAGUAUUUAAUAUUCUAAUUAGAAUAGUUUCGUUGGCUUUCAUACUCAUGACUUAGUGAUUUUCUAUUGGUUUUAACUAUGCAAAUUAGGUAAAGAUCAUUUUCUUAAAACAAUGUCUAUUUUUUAGGUUAAACCUUUUACAUGUCCAAAUAAAGGUGUUUUAUGUAUUUCUAUGCUCUGGUGUUAAUGAUACCUUAGUGUAUGCUUUUAUAUGCAGGGUUACGUAUCAAGCCUGAAUAUCAAUUUUUACAUGAUGUAUAUGAAUAAUUUUCGACAAAUCUGAGUUGAUCAAUGAUCUACUUUGCUGAUUAAUUAUCUAGGCAAAAGUCAUCUUGAGUGGACCAGAUACAUGGAGCGUUUAGAAGUCAAAUGUGACUACCUAAAGCUUGCCUCUCUCUUUUAUGUGCUUAACCACAUAGUCUAUCGGUCAUAUGUUUAUAUUUGUUUACCCAUUUUCUUUGCCCUUUCCUACUUUACAAGCCAAUUUGAUGAUACCUUUGAGAAAUAUUUAGUUAGAAAAGAAAUAAUUGAUAAGUUUUUAUAGUCUCUUCUCAUUUGUUGUAUGUGGUUGAUUAAGGCAAGAAAAGUCUCCUCGGGGCGGUGCGAUGGUUAAGACAUGGGGUGUUGUCACAUGAGGUCUUGGGGUCGAAACUCGGCGUGACCGAGCAUAACCUCCCUCAUGUCUUGGCCAUUUGCACUAAUGGCUAGUAGCCACCCGUGAUUUACCUCCUCUGUGUUGGUCUAGGGACGGGUUGGCGGGGGCGCUGGGACGAGCGAAUUGCUUUUUGCCACAUGAUUAAGGCAAGAAAAGCCAAAAGGUGAGAAAGGCAAGUAUAUGAUUCAUGUGACCACAAUAAUUUGCAGGCACUUGAUGCUAUUUUGCCUAAUGUUAUUAUGCUUGUUAUAGCUCUGUGUUUUAGAUGAUGAAAAAGAAGCACAUGGUUGCUCGUCCUGUUGAUGCUUUAGCUUAGUGGAAGUUCUCUUACUUUUUGU